AUGUCCAGAGCCAACACCCCGUCUCUCCCGCUGUACAAUGCUCCCUCGACAUCCAACGCCACCCUCAGCAUCCCUUCCAAUGACCCCCCACCGGAGAAAGGACACAAACGAGCGAGAUCGCGCCUCAGAGUCGCUGGUCAGCAAUCGAUAACAUCCGAACAUGCUGUCCUCUCCACAGACGAGGUCGCGGAACGACACUCGACCUCCUUGACGAAUGGCCUCCACCCUUCAGAAGCGAGCGCACGAUUGCACGUACAAGGGACGAACGAGCUGCCGCACGAGGAGCCGGAGCCGCUAUGGCUGCGCUUUGUCAAGCAGUUCAAGGAGACCCUCAUCCUCCUCUUACUGGCGAGCGCCGCGAUCAGCGCCUUCAUGGGCAACUUCUCCGACGCUAUGAGCAUUACCAUAGCUGUCUUUAUCGUGGUCACGGUGGCUUUCGUGCAGGAGUAUCGAAGUGAGAAGAGCUUGGAGGCUUUGAACCAGCUGGUCCCGCACAGCGCGCAUGUCAUACGGACGGGCGUGCAGAGUUUGAGACCUGGGGCACAGGAGAAUGGGGAGCCAAAGGCGCCGAACAGUGAGGCAGGCGCAUCUGGGAAAGCGAGCACGACCAUUUCUGCGACACAGCUGGUGACGGGCGAUCUUGUGCUGUUCCAUACUGGUGAUCGAAUACCCGCAGACAUACGGAUCACGCGUGCGGCAGAUCUCAGUAUAGAUGAGAGUAAUCUCACUGGCGAGAACGAGCCGGUGGACAAGACUUCCGAGACCUUGUCGGCUUCAAAUAGCCACGCAAAUGGCUCGAUUCAUGGUCAAAGCCCCUAUGAAUCGCGAGGCGGCCAGUUGAGGAUAAACGAACAGGUCAACAUUGCUUUCAUGGGCACAUUAGUACGCUCGGGCUAUGGUCAGGGCAUCGUGGUGGGGACGGGAGGAGAGACGGAAUUUGGCGCAAUCAGCGCUUCGCUCGCCGAGAUCGAGUCUCCUCGCACGCCGCUACAACUCUCCAUGGACCGGCUAGGCAAGGAGCUGAGCUACAUGUCCUUUGGCGUGAUCGGUCUCAUCAUGCUUGUUGGUCUAUGGCGGGGGAGGCAGUUCUUGGAGCUGUUUCAAAUUGGCGUGAGUCUGGCUGUUGCGGCUAUACCGGAGGGGCUGCCUAUCAUCGUGACUGUCACACUAGCUUUGGGUGUAUUGCGAAUGAGCAAGAGGCAUGCCAUCGUUCGACGGCUGCCCAGUGUCGAGACAUUAGGAAGUGUCAACGUGGUGUGCUCAGACAAGACGGGAACGCUGACACUCAACCACAUGACAGCGACCCAAAUGUGGUCAUUUUCAGAGAACAGCAAUACAACACCGCUGGAGGUCGCCAAAGUGAGAGCAGAUAGCCCCAAUGGAGCGACAACCCAAGCGGUGCUGAGGACGGCGAACAUUGUCAACAAUGCGCGCUUAAACACUCACAGUCAUGGACAUGUCACUGCGGCUUCCGCUGCCGUGCUGGCGAAUACAGGUGGGAGUCAAUCAGAUGACUUAGCCAGGGCGAAGAGUCGCUGGGCUGGACAGCCAACUGAUGUCGCUUUACUUGACCUCAUGGAUGCUUUCGGCGAGGUUGAUGUACGAGACCGCGUUGGUGAGCGGAAGCAUGAGAUACCAUUCUCAAGCGAGAGAAAAUGGAUGGGGGUGACGGUCGAAGGCAGCGAAGGCGACACGGCGUACAUCAAAGGCGCGCUCGAAAGAGUCAUCGGUCGCUGCGAUACAUAUCUCUCUCCUCAAGGCGGCGAAGUCGUCCUCGAUGACAAGCGCCGCUCGGAAGUCGAACAAGCCGCGCAACACAUGGCCGAAGAAGGCCUUCGUGUGCUUGCUUUCGCUUCUGGCUCCGUGCAUCCAAGUCGCCAAUCCAAGACCUCCCGCAGCGGCACCUCCACACCUCAACCGAACGCUUCGGAGUCGAAAGAAGAUCUAUACCAGUCUCUCUGCUUCGCCGGUCUAAUCGGCAUGUCUGACCCUCCACGCCCAGGCGUCGACCGCAGCAUCCGCCGUCUCAUGGCUGGUGGCGUCAAAGUCAUCAUGAUCACGGGUGACGCCGAGACGACCGCCAUCGCUAUUGCACGCAAACUCGGUAUGCCGAUCAACCUCUCCUCUGCCCUCGGCUCGCCUGUCCUUCGCGGAGACCAGCUCGACCAUAUGAGCGCCGCCGACCUCGCGCAGGCAAUGACCCGCGUCUCCAUCUUCGCCCGCACUUCACCCGAACAUAAGCUCAAAAUCAUCGCCGCCCUGCAAUCCCGCGGCGACGUCGUGGCCAUGACAGGCGAUGGCGUGAACGACGCUCCCGCUUUAAAGAAAGCAGACAUUGGUAUCUCGAUGGGCAAACUUGGGACAGACGUCGCGAAAGAAGCGGCGGAUAUGAUCCUCACGGACGACGACUUCAGCACCAUCCUCUCCGCCAUUGAGGAAGGAAAGGGCAUUUUCUACAAUAUACAAAACUUCCUCACCUUCCAACUCAGCACGAGUGCCGCGGCAUUGGGAUUGGUGAUGAUGUCCUCGCUCGGUGGAUGGCGCAAUCCGCUAAACGCUAUGCAGAUCCUCUGGAUAAACAUCCUCAUGGACGGCCCCCCCGCCCAAUCCCUCGGCGUCGAACCUGUCGACCCCGCCCUCCUCACCCACCCGCCUCGCCCCCGCAACGCCCGCGUCCUCACACCCCGCCUGCUUCGGCGAGUCGGCCAAUCCGCGAUAAUCAUCCUGUUCGGCACGCUCUUCACCUACGUCCGCAACCUCUCCCCCGCCGACCUCGUCGCCAAUUCCGUGAGCGAGAGAGACACAACCUUGACCUUCACGCAGUUUGUCUUAUUCGACAUGUUCAAUGCCCUUGCCUGCCGUUCCGCCUCAAAAUCCGUUCUGCGCGGGGAGGUGCCGCUGGUAGGCAAGGGAGGGAACAAGAUGUUCAAUUACGCCGUCGCUGGAUCGCUGCUGGGGCAAGGGAUGGUCAUCUAUUUCCCGCCUUUGCAGGGGGUGUUUAUGACCGAGGCGCUGGGGUUCGGGGAUUUGGUCGGGUUGGUGGGGAUGGCGAGUUUGGUGCUUUGGGUGGAUGAGGGGAGGAAGUGGUGGGAGGGGCGGAGGGGGAGGGGGAUGGGAGGGUAUGCUGGGGGGAGGGUGUAG